AUGUUCGCUCCUCAUAAGAGCCAGGAGAUUAGUCACAUCUAUGAACGAAAUAAUGAAGCAACACUUUAUAUAGCCAACUUAGAUGCCCAAGUGGACGAAGAAAUUUUGUGCGAACUUUUUAUGCAAUGUGGUAACGUAAAAAAUGUUCACAUUCCACGGGAUAAAAUAAAUGGAUUCCAUGCUGGGUACGGAUUUGUGGAGUAUGAGUACGAAUACGAGUGUGAAUAUGCAGGAAAGGUUCUGAAUAUGACAAAACUAUUUGGAAAACCCCUCAGAUGUAACAAGGCAUCGCAAGAUAAAAGAUCAUUCGAUGUAGGGGCAAAUUUAUUUAUUGGAAAUUUGGAUGAAGAAGUAGACGAAAAAAUGCUAUUCGAUAUUUUUUCAUCAUUUGGACAAGUUGUAACUGUUAGAAUAAUCAGAAACGAAGAUGAUACAUCAAAGGGUCAUGGGUUCAUAUCCUAUGACAACUUUGAGUCAAGUGAUAUGGCAAUAGAAAAUAUGAACAAUCAAUUUAUCUGUAAUAAAAAGAUACAUAUAUCAUAUGCGUUUAAAAAAGAUUCAAAGGGGGAGAGACAUGGAACUGCAGCAGAAAGAUUCAUAGCAGCUAAUAAAUCCCUAAGUUUAUAUUCAGGAAAUGAAAAUUCAAAUCAUGUAAUGCCAUAUAAUUCAUCCAAUUUAGAUAAGACAAAUACUAGUAAAAAUAAUAACAAUAUUACAUCAUUAAAUGGAGAUACGAAUUUAUUUUUAAAUUCUCCUUUAACUUCAUCUAACGCUAUAAAUAAACUGCCAAACGAUUCACUUCCACCAAUUAUGAAUUCCUACUUACCGACAAAUAUGCCACCAACAAUUUCAUCCAAUUUCAUGCAUCAACAUAUGAAUAUGCGACCAAAUGGUUCUUUUAUGAUGCCACAGAAAAUGGGGAAUAGAAUGAUGGGCAUGUUGCCACUAAACAUGCCACUAAAUAUGCCACCAAAUAUGCCUCGAAAUAUGCCACCAAAUAUGCCACCAAAUAUGCCACCAAAUAUGCCACCAAAUAUGCCUCCAAAUAUGCUGCCAAACAUGCCACCAAACAUGCCGCCAAUUAUGCCUCCAAUUAUGCCGCCAAAUAUGCCGCCAGUUAUGCCACCAAAUAUGCCGCCAGUUAUGCCGCCAGUUAUGCCACCAAAUAUGCCGCCAGUUAUGCCACCAAAUAUGCCGCCAAACAUUCCCUUAAACAUCCCCCCCAAUUUUCCCACCAAUUUUCCACCAAACUUUUCGCCAAAUUUCCCACCUAAUAUGCCUCCUAGUAUGCCAAUGAAUUUCCCGCCAAAUUUCCCCCCCAACUUGCCACCUAACCAACAGUCCAAUAUGCACUUCAAAGGUCCUUUGAAUACAUCAUCAAAUGCUGAACCAAAUCAAAAUGGCAUAACAGAACAAAAUGCAGUUGUAGACAAUUAA